AUGCGUCGAGGCGAGGCGCGUCACUGGGCUAUGAACUCUGGCGGUUCGACAUUGUGCCGACAUUGGGCCGAGCUAAAUAAUGUUGAUAGCGGAGGUUACAUCGGCCAACCAAUGGCAGCGAGGCGAGUGUUCUGUUACGCACAAUGCGCGUGCGCAGGUCACGCAUUGCGUGCGCCCCACCAGCUGUGUCGAGCUACACAGAUUGGUCCCUUCGGAUGCGGCGCGACGAAUGAGAGCCCUAACACACAACCUUCAGAUUCAUACAACGAAUAA